GACCUUGGCUUUGCGAGGGAUGUUUUUUUGUUUUGUUUGUGGUACAGUUGUUUUUUGUGAGGUGUUUUAUAUUGUGAGGUAUAUCUGACUUUCUAUUUUGUUAUUACGACACACGUUUACAAAAGGAUGUGUGAUGAAGAUCUAUUGGUUGGGAAGACUGGGGUGAAGGUUAGAUGUUUUUGCAAUGUAUGGGUUGGGGCAAAAAUUGUGGAGGGGGUUGUCAGUGAUGCAGAUUUGGUAGAAUUGAAAGAAUCUGCAUUUGGGGACUUUUUCAACCUAGGUGGCAUUAAGUGGUUUACUGGGCAGUUGAUGAUACUAUUGGCACUCAAUUAUGUGGAACCGUUACAGCGGAGCGGAUGUGUUGACAGCUUAAAGUUUCACAUUGGUGACAAAGUUGUUGAGUUUAAGAAAACGGACUUUGCGUUGAUAACCGGGCUGAAAUUUGGGAAGGAAACCAUGUUUGAGGGUAUUGACAUGGAUGAGCCGAAUGACAUUAGUUUGAGGUAUUUUGGAGGGAAAAUGAGCGUAACACGUUUGGAUGUGGAGCACGUGUUCAAGAAUAUACGUGUGAUUGGAUGUAGGAAACCUAUGGAUGUAGUUAAACUGGCUAUGCUUUACCUUCUGUGCUGCCAUGUUGUGGGGAACCAGGGGAGGACAAAGAUCCCUGCACUAUAUAUGCAUCUGGUUAAUGACGUGAAGCGGUUUAAUGACUUUGAAUGGGGUGAGCACCUGUGGACGGAUCUGGUGGAGAGCAUGGGCAGGUGUUCUUCGAUCCUCAACACUAGGGGUAAUGGUCGUUUUACUUUCCCUGGAUUUUUAUUCCCCCUACAAAUUUGGUCAUUUGAAACGUUCCCCCGUUUGAUGGAGAAUGGAAUUUGUGCAAUUGGGAAGGGCACUGGAUCCUUGUGGCCGAGAGCAUUGCGGUGGGAGACUAGCGUGCGGCCUAAACAUGAUGUGUUGGAGAAUUCUAUUUUUGGAAAACCAGGGGAAAGUGUCAUCUGGAAGGAGAUGGUUGCAAAACCCAUGGAGCGUGUCAUGGGAAACAUUGAAACAUUGCUAAGUGUUGGAGGUGCAGGUAAUCGUAGCAGUUCAAAUGCAUUUGGAGAAGAGGUUAAUGAAGGGUAUGGAGCUGGCCGAAGGUCUUUAAAGGGUAAGUUGCAUUGGGGGCCUGUGACUGCAUGUUGUGAUGGCGUCCAGAACGAAGACGGAGUGGGGGUGAAAAGUCAUGUGGUUAAAAAAAAGGCAAGGGUGAAGAGAACAGAGAAAGGAACAGAAAAUGCAGAUAUGCGUACCCGAAAAGAGAGACCAAGUGUAGUGGAGGAGGUAAUUGGAGCGAGUGGAGGUGACAACGAACCUUCAUUGCGUGAUGUCCUGACUGCAAUAGUGCACAUGGAGAAGAGACAUUCUAAGCUGCGUGUGGAAGUUACUAAACUGAGAAUAGCACUGAAUGCGCAAAGCCGACUUUUGAAGAGGGUAUUAUUAGGAACAAAAAUGGCUAAGCGGCAACAGAAAAAGAAAGGCGAUAAAAGAGAAGAGAAUGGACUGCCGAGCUUUGAUUUGGGUAUAGAGAGCCAAGGGGGGAGAGAUGAGCCAGGCAAUGAUCAGGAAGAUAUGAUUUACGAGGAGGACAUUAUUAAGGAUGCUGAUUUAGGAACCCAACUUGGUGUUUCUGAUAAUGAAGUUGAAGAUCCUUUGAAUGACGUCAGCACACAAGAGGUUGAAGGGCGAUGGAGGCAGACAAUUGAGGGUUUGGGACUGAAUUUGGAUUCAGGAAAGGGUGCAGGAAGUAGUAAGUCAAUAAAAGUGUCAAAAGAAACGACAACAGAAUAUGUGCAUAUUGAUGAAAGGGUAGUGGAUGAGCGGGCUGAUGUUGUUGAUCGAAUAGAUGUUGCGGAACUUGUAGGUGCAUCAACAAGUAAUGGCGUAUGUGCUGGAGUACCUGAGACUGUGAAUGGAACUGUAACUGGAGCAAUGGUUGGUGGGUUCUGUGACAGGUUUGAGACUGUGUCUCAAAUUGUUGAGGAUCUGCAGGAUUGUCCACCGUCUCAACUUUUUUUCAGUUUAGAGGGGAAUUUGGUUGGGGGUGUUGAGGAUACCAAAGUUCAGGAGGUGACGCUGGAGAAAAUUUUCAGUGAGAAUGUAAGGCCGGUUGAUGAAGAGAUUGUGGACGAUGGUGCUGAUGAGGAAAUGGUCAAUGAGGAGCCAUGCACACAAAUAGUGGUGUAUGAAGAACCGAUAAGGGUUGAGAUACCAAGAGAAAUAAAAGAUUGUCAGAAAAGACCAUUGAAGUGUCCACAGCGGUUCAGUCCUGACCAGUUGAUAGUCAGGCGUAAAAGGAAAAAGGUGAGAACAGUGAUGGAGCAUGUUAUAGACUUCGGUGGAGAUGGAGAUGAUUUCAUGGGGCCAUUCACAUUAGACCCCGCUGAGAUGCCAGGUGAGGACGAUUUGAGGGAGGUGGAUGAGUUCAUGCACAAAGGUCUGUUAAAGAAGCAUAAGAAGGAGCCCGGGCGUAAGUACUGUGUGAAUGAAGAUGUUCUUGCACCAAGUGAGUUUAAGACUCACUACGAUGAGAAGGCCACCUUAACGAAAAGCUGGUACUACGAAAUCUAUUUCCCUUGGGGGUGGCUGUCAGAUACGCAUCUUGAUGUCAUUUUCUACUACCUAAGGAUGAAUGGUGUGGAGUUCGGGUUAGUGCAGAGGACAUAUGACUCAAGCCUGCGAAGAAGCGAUUCGAAACGGAAACUGCAGCAAUUCAUGCCAAGCCUCCAAAUGUUUCUGCCAAAGCUGAUGGAUAAGCUGGGAGUGUAUGAAGGACGGGAAGAAGGUCCGAUAGGUGAUGGUGUCCUUGCGAUUGAAGGUGGGUCAUGCUGCCCUCAGCAAAAUGAUGGGUCUAGUUGUGGGAUGUUCGUAGUGAAGAUGGCCGAAUUUCUCAUGAUGGGGCGUGAUGUGCGCGAUAUGGGUGAUGAUGAGAUUGCCGCAUACCGAAAGAAGAUGACAACAGAGCUGUUGGCCUACUCCGGGAAGUAGGACUCAUGGUCUGCGUUUGGAAUGAGACAAACAUGCACUCUUUUAAUGUUUUUUUGCAGCAAUGUUUAGGUAUAAUGAAUUCUAUGCACUAUU